UGACUAAACGAGGCUGUCCGUUUACUACUACUACUACUACUACUACUACUACUACUACUACUACUACUACUACUACUACUACUACUACUACUACUACUACUACUACUACUACUACUACUACUACUACUACUACUACUACUACUACUACUACCACUACCACUGCUACUACUACCACAUUAUCUGGCCUAAAUUAA